AUGGCGUUGGAUGGUGCCUUCAUUGACAGUCUUCGGAAGGACAUCGAAGCCGUCUUGAAGAGGAAGAAAUUCAAAUUGGAGUCUGAAAAGAUCCAGGAAGCUUUAAACAAAGCAGUCGAAGGCUUCGAGAAGGCAAGUGUACAUGCCGAGUCUGCGCUGAUGGCGCAUGCGCUAGGCGUGAAUUUUGUGACGGAAAUUCUCCAGGACGAGGGGAUCGCCAUAGGCGUCAGCAAGAGGAGCUGCUUCUGCUGCGACCUCCUCGCCGAACUCAUCGCGGAUCGUGAGUCAACGGACCUCCAGUUUGUCCUUCCGGGCACGCAUUCGACUAUCCACCCCUGGUACCCUCCGUCCGGACUGCCGAUCGACAUCCUGCAGACUAUCAAGGUCCGCUUGCUCAAGUCGAUGAGGACGGUGCUGGAGACUGCCAUCGACAUCGAAGCCAGCGCGGCCCAAACGACACCAUUGCAUUCUACCGUUGACCUGCCCCAAUGGCAAGCGACGAUGGCAGAUGCUAUGAGCUAUCCCGACCCCUCGGCUAGAUAG